CGCCGCCUCCUCCGGGGGGACCUCCGGACCCAUCAGCAUCAUCAUCAUCAUCAUCAUCUCCGGACCUCCAGGGUGGGAUCGCCGGCAGGUCUGGAAAGGAAGAGAAAUGGAACUGAGGAAACUCAACAUUCCCUGGCACUUCUUGAUAGCUCUGGUUUUAGUCCUGCAAAUUUUCUCCGCUUUGGAUUUUGACCCUUACAAAGUCCUAGAGGUCAGCCGAACUGCCAGCCAGGCUGAAAUUAAAAAGGCGUAUAAGAAGCUUGCCCGGGAAUGGCAUCCUGACAAAAAUAAAGAUCCAGGAGCAGAAGACAAGUUCAUUCAAAUUAGCAAGGCUUAUGAGAUUCUGUCCAAUGAAGAAAAAAGAGCAAAUUUUGAUCGCUACGGAGAUGCGGGCGAGAAUCAGGGGUACCACCAGCAGCAGCAGAGCCAUCACUUCCGCCACUUCCAUGAAAAUUUUUACUUCGACGAAUCCUUUUUUCACUUCCCUUUUAAUUCUGAGCGACGAGACUCCUCAGAUGAGAAAUACCUACUGCACUUCUCCCAUUACGUAAAUGAGGUGCUUCCAGACAGCUUCAAGAAGCCCUACCUCAUCAAGAUCACCUCCGAUUGGUGCUUUAGCUGUGUCCACAUUGAACCCAUCUGGAAGGAAGUUGUUCAGGAACUUGAAGGAUUGGGAGUGGGGAUUGGAGUUGUCCACGCAGGAUAUGAAAGACGGCUAGCACACCACCUGGGGGCCCAUAGCACACCUUCAAUCCUAGGAGUCAUAAAUGGAAAAAUCUCCUUCUUCCAUAAUGCAGUUAUCCGGGAGAAUCUGCGGCAGUUUGUGGAGAGCCUUCUUCCUGGAAACUUGGUUGAGAAGGUUACAGAUAAAAAUUAUGUCCGCUUCCUGUCUGGCUGGCAACAAGAGAAUAAGCCUCACGUCCUUCUGUUUGACCAAAUGCCACUAGUGCCGUUGCUGUACAAGUUGACUGCUUUUGCCUACAAGGAUUAUUUGUCAUUUGGCUAUGUGUAUGUUGGAUUAAGAGGGACCGAAGAGAUGACAAGUCAGUAUAACAUCAAUGUCUUUGCCCCCACCAUGUUAAUCUUUAAGGAACAUAUCAACAAACCAGCCGAUGUUGUGCAGGCUCGAGGCAUGAAGAAGCAAAUCAUGGACGACUUCAUCUCCCAGAACAAGUUCCUGUUAGCCGCCAGGCUCACCAACCAGAGGCUGUUUCAUGAGCUGUGCCCUGUCAAGAGAUCUCACCGCCAGAGGAAGUACUGUGUGCUUCUGCUGACUGGUGAAGGAAUCAAAUCUAGUAAACCCUUUGAGGCUUUCCUGUCCUUUGCUCUGGCCAACUCGAAAGACACAGUGAGAUUCGUGCACGUCCUGAGCAACCGACAGCAGGAGUUUGCCCAUACCUUGCUCCCUGACAUUGAAUUGUUCCAGGGCAAAUCCGCAGUUUCUAUCUUAGAGAGGCGCAACACCGGAGGACGAGUGGUGUAUAAAACCUUGGCGGAUCCUUGGACGGGAAGCGAGGAGGACAAAUUCAUUCUUUUGGGUCAUCUGGAUCAGCUGCGAAGGGACCCCGCCCUUCUGUCUUCAGAAGCCAUCCUACCUGAUUUAAUCGACGAACUUGCCCCCGUGUUUUUUCUGCGAUGGUUCAACUCUGUUUCUGAGUACCUCUCGGAUUGCUGGGACAGCGUGUUUCACAACAACUGGCGAGAAAUGAUGCCCCUCCUGUCUCUGAUCUUCUCUGCCCUGUUCAUCCUCUUUGGCACUGUGAUUGUGCAGGCGUUCAAUGAUUCAGGUGAUGAGAGAGAUUCAAGUCCUGCUGAUAAAGAAGAAGCCAAUGAAAAGAGUGAAAAGAACGACACCAGCUUCAGCAAAGAAAAUAACAGGUUGCACAGGAUUCCCAAGAAGGGUUUCGUCGAGGUGACCGAGCUCACAGACGUAACGUACAUCAGUAAUUUGGUGCGCCUGAGGCCAGGCCACAUGAAUGUAGUUCUCAUCCUGUCUAAUCCCACCAAGACCAGCCUGCUACAGAAGUUUGCCUUGGAGGUCUACACAUUCACAGGGAGCAGCUGUCUUCAUUUCUCCUUCCUGAGCCUUGACAAACACCGGGAAUGGCUGGAAUACCUGUUAGAAUUUGCUCAGGAUGCUGCCCCGAUCCCAAACCAGUACGAUAAGCAUUUCCUGGAACGUGACUAUACUGGCUACGUGCUGGCUCUGAACGGCCAUAAGAAAUAUUUCUGCCUCUUCAAACCCCACAAAGCAGCACCAGAGGAAGAGGAAACCAUAGGGGCUUGUAAUGACCAUGAUCCUUCCAUCCACCUGGGUGAAUCCCGGGGGAAGACUUCCUGUAGUCCCGGCUCCAGACCCAUCAAAGGCAAAUUAAACAAGUUGUCCUUAUGGAUGGAGCGUCUUUUGGAGGGCUCCUUACAAAGGUUCUAUAUCCCGUCAUGGCCUGAAUUAGACUGAGAAGGAUUUUAAAGAGUUUCUGACAUUGCAGACUUUUUAAGAAGAUUCCCCAUGAACAGUCCUUUCCAGCAACCACAGACGGCAAGUUUUAGAGGAACUCUCCUAGGACCAGUGGCUCGAAGAAUCCAUCCUUUGUCGUGCCCUGUCCUAGGAAUGAAAGACAUCGCGCGUUGAAUUCUCUCUGUCCCGAAACACUUUUUUAAUUUGGAUGCUGUACUGUUUAAGACAGACCGCUCCGUCUUUCUUCCUCUCUUCUUCUUGUCGCGUGUGCUCCCUACCCCUCCUCUGUCCCGUCUCUUUAUUUGAAGAAAAACCGUGACUUAAACCUGCAGCAGUCACUCAGUGCGGACUGAACCUCGCGAACCUGUUGUGCAGGUCAAAUCUGUUGCACCCAGACUUACCUCCCUGCCCCCCUUGCAGUCAGACCCCACAGUGCUUCUGCCAUGGUGCAUGCCGUUUCACUACGGGGAAACCACAGCUUUAUAAGGCUCUGCAGCUCGGGAAAGGCCUGGGUAACGAGCAAACUUUACCUUCAUCUGCUUUGCCGGUGGUAGGAGGCUAGGAGUGUAUUUGGGGGUAUCUCCCUGUUGCGGUCCCUGCGCCGACCGUCUUACGUGAACGGGGUCCCUGCAUGCGGGUCGGUUUUCUCUUGGGAGGGGAAGGGUGGACGGUGACUUGGGUCGAGCGGUUUCGUGUACCUCCUAGUUCCCCAGGCUGCUUCCCCAGCUCAAACCGUAACCAGGGAGGGGUUAACACAGCAGUAAAUACUGAAUUGACUUUGAGCCAUUUAAAUAUGUAUUGUUUUCCUAUGCCUUUCUGCUUCUGUCGAUUUUAGGAUAUGUACGUUAGGAGCCAUAACCUUUAAUCUUUGUCUCCUCAGAGUAGGGAUAAGCUGCUAUGAACCAGUAGAUAUGUAAAACUUAAACUACUAUUCAUACCUGGAAGAGAGUCAAAUUGACAGCACCUUGUUACCACCCCCUUCUCGCCCAGUGAUAUAUCUUUAGUACAAUGCAGACAUUUCUUUGUAUCAAGGAACUUAAAUUUGUCAAUGAUUGUAUUUUUGAACUCUGAUAUCCGAAAAGGGAAACUAGUCUAGAUGCUUCGUUUCAGCUUCUGAAUGAUUUUGGUGGCUCACCUCAGACCUUUUCUGUGUUAACGUUCAGGUGCUUAGGGGUGGAACAAACCCAUCCAUUUUCAUAGCUUGCUGAGUUGUUGUGCUUAAUUGCCAUCAGCUGGGAUCUGAGCCAGCCAGCCAGAGAGCUGUAGGUGGUGUGAGGAUAAUUGCAAAAAAUGGGGUGGGGGGGUGAGUUUGUGUGUGUGUGUCUGUGUGUGAGUGAGUAUGUGUGUCUAUCCCCCCCAGAUGCUUCCUUUCCAAGAAGAGAGAGGGAUGGUCAGUGAAAGGAUUCAGUCUAGUGGCUUCAGAUGAUGCGGAUCAGACCACUGACCCAAAGUAACGUAGAGGAAAGCCCGUCCAGCCCGGUUUCAGGAUCUGGCUUAAGGCGGCAAGUAGCAAAUGAUUGAACGUUAGUGGCUGGAGUCAGAGGCUU